AUGGCUGCUCCUGACGAGGCAGUGUCACCAGGAAACGCGGCCGCUCAGGUUUCCGAUCUGUGCGCCUCCUCGCAUCAUCAUCAAAAUCUCCCAACAGCCGACUUCGCAGCGAGCGCCGCGGCGAACGCGAAUGUCGCGGCGAACGUGAAUGCCGCGGCCUUUCCGGGCUCCGCGUCUCAGCCUGUCCAUAGCACGGCGGUUGCUCCCAACUCUCCGCGUCAACUUCGAAGGAACCAUGGGCGAUCGCGGUCCGUCAGUUUUAGCGAUCAACAGCAGCAGUCCGUCAGUUAUAACGGUCAUCAACGGCAAGAUUCAGUCAGUUCUAACGGUCACCAGCAGCAGCAGUCCGUCAGUCCCAACGGUCAUCAACGGCAAAACUCACUCCGUUCUAACGGCCAUCGGCGCCAGCUUUCCGUCAGUUCCAACGGUCAUCAACGGCAAGAUUCCGUCAGUUCUAACGGUCAUCGGCGCCAGCUGUCGGGAUCCGCCCUUUCAACGGGCAGUUUCGCCAGCAACGCCACGGUUGGCAGCAAUCCCGCCAGUGGCCGCAGCGCUGGGGGGAGCGGCAACGGCAGCGGAAUCGACGCCAGCGGCCGGCGCAAGUUGCGCAAGGCCGGCACAAUGCCAGACGAGCGGUCGCACGGACGAGGGAGCCUCGCCGCUUCCGCCGCUGCGGUCGCCGCAACCACCGCUGCCGGAGCCCCGUGGGGGACCGCUAAUUACGGCGGCGCAGGCGGCGGCUCCGCAUCGUUUCCCCGCAACACUCGCGGCAAGCGCGUGCUUGUGAAAGCCACUAGCAUGCCGCCCGCCGUCGAGUCCCGCCGCCCAACCAGUGGCGCUAGCGGGGGCUCCGCCAGAACCCCCCGCCUUGCUGCUGCGCGCCCGCAGCAGCGCCCACAGGUUUCUCCGCCGACCUACGCGCCAGCGCAUGCAGCAGCGCAGCCUUCCCCCAGAGCGCGCCUGCUGUCCGCAAAAUCCCCGCGCGUCCCGGCGAAGUCCCCCCGCGCGACCUCCGCCGCGCCGCACGGUGUCGCGCUGAUGUCCUCCGCCUCCCCGCGCGCUUUCCGAGGAGGUGCGGGGAUGCCUGUUCCGCCUAAACAGCAGCAGCUGCGCGCACUCGCGCAAUCCCGCUCUCUCCCGCCGCAGUCCCCCGCCAGCGCCGCCCGCGCAGCCGCUGCGGUGGCUAACGUAAAAGCGGGCGCAUUUCCCAAGAGUCCCUCGGGCGCACUUUCAAAGGGCGGAAGGCCCUCUAGCGGAAGCGGAAUGGCGCAAGGGCAGACGCGCACAGGCGCGGGGAGGGAAUUCGCGCAGCGAACGCAACUCCAUUUAACUGGCGGUUCGCCGUCGCACGCGUCCCCAGGAGACUCUCAUUCGAAGCGCAGUAAGGGGAUCAACUAUCGAGCUCAAAUUCAUCGGCUCCUCGUUUCCAUAACCGGCGCCGGAAGCGGCGGACCUGCCGGUUUGCGAAAUCGAAGAAUUCAACUUGGUCUCGCCUUCGCUACAAUCACGUUUCUAUGGCUCACUCUCGGCUGCUGGUUGCUGCCCUUCACCUGCCCGUUCCCCCGAGGAGGCCGCAUGCACAAGCGGGUUAAGCCGGCCAAUUUCACAUCGGACAUUUUCAACCGCCAGCUGCCAGACGCCAUUACCACGGCACUCAAGCAGCCGUGGAAGAAGCAGCCCAUCCCAGUGGUGGUAGUCCACCAACAGCCGUCAGGCUCGGUCGCAUGCCGCCCGUCGCACUACAUGCACCGCAACCUGCGCCACACGCGGCAGCGCAACGCAGUGGUGUAUUUCAUCGGGCCUGACAGUGAUGAGUGUGUGGAGAUGGCCAGGGAGCUUGAUAUCGUGCUGGACCCUGUCAUUGGGUAUCAAGACGUGGUGGGCUGGUUCUCGGCCAACCUGGGUGACCCAGUCUCUUACCAGGUCCGCUGGUUCAUCCUCAAGGCCUUCAUGGAGCGCCAUGCCUUCCCGCGCAUCUUCUUCCUCGACUCGGAUGUCAUCCUCUUCGCCAACGUCACUGAGCUCGCCACCAUGCUCUAUUCGAGAGUGCACCUGGUGGUGUCGCAGCGUUGGCCCAGUCUCCGUGCCCCGGGCCCCAGCCAGUACGCAUCCACAGCAGUGAGCGGCCACGUGUCCCUCUGGACGUACGAUGCUCUCUCAGACUUCCUCGACUUCUUCCAGCUUUUCGUUCAGGAGGCAACACUGUACGGCCAACCUGGUGACGCACGUCUUGUAGCGGAGCGUGCUUAUAACGAUAUGGUAGUGCUGGGGUGGUACACGCACAGGGUGUGCUGGAUGAAGAACCCUCAGAACCUGCACCCACAGUGCAUCUCUGACAAGGAGAGUGGGGUCACUCCCGAGCGAUCAGCGCGCAUAAGAGGGAAGUUUACUCCCAAGUUCCGGGUCGACUCAUUUGCCAUGCCACGGUGGUGCAAUGCGACUGACUGGUGGGAUGAGGGGUGGUGCGUCUUCGAUAACAACUUCUCCAUUCAGACACCCACUCAGUUCUUCAAGUAUCGGCCUCAGGACGGCAUGAAAUGCCCCUCUUCGAUGCACUACACUCAUUUUGAUGACUGGGCCAAGGAGGGAGAGAAGCAGACGUCACCCGUUCAAUUCCUGGGAGUACACUUUCAGGCGCACAGAAAGGGGUACCUCACAAGGGGGGAUGACCCAGCAGCCACAUGGGGAUCAAGCCCUGAUUGA